AUGGUCGACGUACUCGACAUCGGCGAUGAGCCGGUCUUCGACGAGCGCAUCGUCGGGCUUGAGACCCACACGUACAACCCGUACGCCAACACCACGUUCGGGCACAGCGAUGAGAUACGGAUUCCCAUACACCAGCAGGAUCUGUACACGUUGCCCUGUGAGAGCUAUCUCUACAUCGAGGGUACCUUCUCGGUCGAUGGGGCAACAGCUGCAGGGGAUGCUCAAGCGGCGCCCGAUGAACUUGGUGAACCCCAGACGCACCUGGUGAACAACUGCGCGGCCUUCCUGUUCGACGAGCUUCGUUACGAGCUCAACGGCGUGGAGAUAGACAGGAGCCGAAACGUCGGCGUGACGAGCACGCUCAAGAACUACGUUUCCCUGACCCACGCGCGCAGUAAUAUCCUACUGAGCACUGGAUGGAGUCUGACGGGCACGUUCGGGCUGGGUGAUUUCAACCUCUGCGUCCCUCUCGGGAUGCUAUUGGGAUUCUGCGAGGACUACAGACGCGUGGUGAUCAACGCGCGGCACGAGCUCGUUCUGAUUCGUGCGCGCAACGACAACAAUUGCGUCGUGCUGUCGGGCGACCGACACGAGGCGCGGAUAGACCUGCACAAGGUGCAGUGGCGCAUGCCGCACGUCUACCUGAACGAGAUCAACAAACUGCGGUUGCUGCGCACCCUGGAGAGCGGACGAUUUCUCAGUAUGGCGUUCCACUCGUGGGAUUUGUACGAGUUCCCCCUUCUGCAGAGCACGACCGCGCACUCCUGGGCCGUCAAAGCGGCCACGCAGCUGGAGAAACCGUGCUACGUCAUCUUCGCGCUGAAGACCGGUCGAAGGAACGCCGCGACGAGGGACGCGUCACUAUUCGACGCCUGCGACCUCUCCAACGUGAAGCUGUUUCUCAAUUCGACGUUCUAUCCCUACGACGACAUGCAUCUGGACUUUGCGAAGAAUCGCUACGCGAUACUGUACGACAUGUAUGCCAGAUUCCGCAGAGCGUACUACGCGCUCGAUCGGGAAGACGAUGGAAUGGUGCUCACGAUGAACAAGUUCCUGCACUGUGGACCGCUCGUGGUGCUGGACUGUUCGAGGCAGAACGAGACCGUGAAGAGCGCCACCGUCGACGUUCGCAUAGAGUUCGACUGCAGGCGUAACAUCCCGCCCGAGACCACUGCGUACUGUCUGAUACUCCACGAUCGCGUAGUCGAGUACAACCCGCUGACGAGCCUGGUACGUCGCGUCGUCUGA